AUGGUGCGAGUGGCUGCCUAUCUGCUUGGCCCUGGCACCAAGCCACCAUGCCAGUUUUCCUCCCUACUCAGAGCACCCCCUUCUUUCUCCAGGUUUGGCCCUCGCUUCCCUGCUCUUUCGGAUGCGUAUGACAGCCAGAUCCGCACUUUGGCCAUGGACACAGCCCGGCGCCUUGGCUACAGCUCUUUCGUCAAAGAGGGGGUGUACUGCAUGGUCGGGGGCCCCAGUUUCGAAUCGAUCGCAGAGGCCCGGCUCCUUCACGUGCUGGGGGCGGACGCUGUGGGGAUGAGCACGGCAGCAGAAGUCGUUGUGGCCAGGCACUGUGGCUUGCGGGUCUUUGGUAUCUCGCUGAUCACCAACAAGGUGACCAAGGACUAUAGCACGAAAGAGAACGUCGACCAUCACGAGGUGCUCGAAGUGAGCCGGAGAAGAGCUUCCACGCUCCAGGCGCUCAUCACAGCCCUGGUGGGCAGGCUGGACUCUUGCAGCAGUGGCAGUGGCCAGAAGGAUGGCGAGACCUAUCAGAAUGGAGUCUAAAAACGCCAGGCGUCAGCUGUGGACCCAGGAGUGUGCUGGCAGCAAGGGGAGAGCCGCCCGCUCCACAUCGUAUACUCCAAACAAAAUCUGGACUGAGAAUCCAAAACUUUGACCAAGCCUGUCUCAAUCAAAUCACCAGCCUCUGCCAAGCUAGUGCCCUCCAAAUGUUUUGGACGGCAGCUCCCAGGUCUGGCAGUCCAAAAUAUCUGGUGGGCACCAGGUUGGCAAAGGCACCUUGACACCAACCCUGCAGGUGUCUUAAUUCUUUAUUGUAAGCUGGCCUGUCCCUUGUUAGCCCCGCAAAGCCCACUGAGCCUGGGCAAGCCAGCGGUGGUACAUUGAUGAGAGUGUUGGACUAGGACCCGGGACAGACCCAGAUUCAAAUCCCCACUUGGCCAUGAAGCUCACUGGGUGACCUUGGGCCAGUCACUGCCGUUCAGCCCACCUUACCUCGCAGGGUUGUUUUUGCUGUGAGGAUAAAAUGGGGAGCAACGGCAAACAUAUACAUAAUAUUGAGCUCUUUGGAGAAAAGGUGGGAUAUAAAGGUAAUAAACAAACUGUCUCUAUCAA